ACUGGGUGGCUCCAGGUUAGCUUCCCUGAUUUUGGGCUGUUCCUCCGGGAAGGCUGUGCUCGGCUCCACUCCCACAAACAGGAACAGGUGGCGGCAGGAAGAGGCGCCGUGUACAAGCCGAGCGGGGCCGCUCGCACCACCAUGAAACAGAGCAUUUCAUCGCACGGGGCGGAAUAAAAGAAAGAUACAAUCUUGCAGCCGGUAGCGGUGAGAGAGGAAAGGAAAGAGCAACAACCGCUUUCCCUUUCUUUAUUUUGGGCUUGAGCCGACGAGACCCUUGUGCAACAGAAGCUGCGCACUGUUGUUACCGAGACGAGUAAUGAAAGUGACCGUCUGCUUCGCGAGGACCAGGGUGGUUGUUCCUUGUGGAAAUGGGGCCAUCACGGUGCACAGCCUGAUCCAGCAGGCGGUGACCAGGUACCGCCGAGCCAUCGCCAAGGAUCCGGGUUAUUGGGUACAAGUGCAUCGUUUGGAGCAUAGUGAUGGCGGCAUCUUGGAUCUUGAUGACAUCCUCUCUGAUGUUGCUGAUGAUAAGGACCGACUUGUUGCUAUCUUUGAAGAACAAGAACCACACCAUGGUGGUGAUGGUACAAGUGCCAGUUCAACUGGUACUCAAAGCCCAGAGAUAUUCGGCAGUGAGCCUGCACCGAACACCUUGUCUGCGUUCCAACCCUAUCAAACGUCAAGUGAAAUUGAGGUCACGCCAUCCGUCCUUCGAUCAAACAUGCCACUUCAUGUGAGACGGAGCAGUGAUCCUGCACUGAUUGGUCUUUUGUCUUCUGUAACGGGACCUAACCUUAAUUCAGCAGAGCCAUCACGCAAAAACCCUACCCGUUGGUCCACAACACCCGGCUUUCCAAAACCAAGCCAAACAUCCAGUAGCCUUGAUAGAAAAAAGAAGGAAACAACUCCGAGGAAUCCAGUGAAUGGACAGGACAACUACAGGAGUUUACCAAGAGAUGCUGGCCAUUGGUCAAAUCAGUUUCAGCGAGAUAAUGCCCGAUCAUCUUUGAGUGCCACUCAUCCCAUGGUGGACAAAUGGCUGGAAAGGCAGGAACAGGAGGAAGAUGGAACAGAAGAGGAGAGCAACAGGAUCGAGCCAGUUGGACGUGCUGAUUCUUGCCUUGAGCAUGGACAGAAUUUUUCGCUCGGUGAUGUGCUGAAGCUGGUUGAAGUCUCCAAUGAUGGAGGGCCUUUGGGAAUCCAUGUAGUGCCUUUCAGUUCUACAGUUGGAAGGACUCUGGGGUUACUGGUGAAACGUCUAGAGAAAGGCGGUAAAGCUGACCGGGAGAAACUGUUUGAUGAGAACGAUUGUAUCGUCAAAAUAAAUGGUGGUGAUUUGCGAAAUACACGCUUUGAACAAGCAAAUAGAGGUCCUGAAGGUCUUGGGUUUAGCAUAACAUCAAGAGAUGUUCCUGUUGGUGGCUCAGCACCAAUCUAUGUGAAAAACAUUCUUCCAAAAGGUGCAGCUAUCCAAGAUGGCAGACUGAAGGCAGGAGACCGGCUUCUAGAGGUAAAUGGUGUAGAUCUAACUGGAAAAGUCCAAGAGGAAGUGGUGACGCUGCUGAGGAACACCAAGAUGGGUGGUACUGUCAGUCUGUUGGUCCUCCGGCAGGAAGAAACCUUCCUCCCUCGGGAGCUGAAAAAAGAAUCAAGUCAGAUGCAGGCAUCAAGUGAAUUGAAAGCAGAGGAUGAUGACUUGGUGCUUACACCUGAUGGUACCAGGGAGUUCCUGACUUUUGAAAUUCCUCUCAAUGAUACUGGAUCUGCAGGCCUUGGAGUUAGUGUCAAAGGUAAUAGAUCAAAAGAAAACCAUGCUGACCUGGGCAUAUUUGUGAAAUCCAUCAUCAAUGGAGGAGCAGCAUCUAAGGAUGGUAGACUUAAUGUGAAUGACCAGCUUAUAGCAGUGAACAGUGAAUCAUUGUUGGGAAAAACAAAUCAAGAUGCCAUGGAGACACUACGGAGGUCCAUGUCCACAGAGGGAAAUAAGAGGGGAAUGAUCCAAUUGAUUGUUGCCAGGAGGAUAACGAAACACAAUGAGCUUGAGACACCUGGCAGCCCCUCUGGGCCAGAGUUGCCUAUAGAUGCUGUGAUGGACGACAGAGAGCGAAGGAUUUCGCAUUCACUUUACAGUGGAAUCGAGGGAUUGGAUGAGUCGCCCACUAGGAAUAUUGGUUUUAACAGAUUGAUGGGUAACUACCAUAUGUCUCCGACAGUGAACAUGACCCAGGAUGACACUGUUAUUAUUGAAGAUGACAGACCACCUGGUAAUCUUCCUCAACUAUCCAACCAGUCAUCCAUGGAUUAUCAUCAAGAAAUAAAUUCUGUAACGUCUGGUCUGUGGGUGAAAGAGCCUGAUAAAGAUAAAACAGAUGGUGUUUUAAGUCCAGAUGUCGAUCCUGCCAUUGCCUUCCAGCGAGAAGGAUUUGGCCGUCAGAGCAUGUCUGAAAAACGUACCAAACAGUUUGGAGAUGCCACUCAGCUGGACUUUGUUAAAACGCGGAAAUCUAAAAGCAUGGACUUAGUAGCUGAUGAGACUAAUCUUGAUUCCUUGGCUGAACAGAUAACCACAGGCUCCUCGACCAGGGAUGUUGGGCCUUCAUUAGGACUGAAGAAAUCAAGCUCGUUAGAAAGCCUGCAGACAGCAGUUGCUGAAGUAACUUUGAAUAGUGACAUUCCUUUCCAUCGCCCACGACCGCGAAUCAUCAGAGGGCGGGGUUGCAACGAAAGUUUCCGGGCUGCUAUUGACAAGUCGUACGACAAACCCGCAGAAGAAGAUGAUGAUGAUGAUGAAGGGAUGGAAACAUUGGAAGAAGAUACCGAGGAGAGUUCCAGAUCAGGCAGAGAGUCUGUAUCAACAGCCAGUGAUCAGCCAUCGCUGGCUGGUGGACAUCUGACGGGGACGAUGGAGAAACAGGUCAAUGGCUCCAGAAGCAAGGAGGACAGAAAGAAAGAGAAGACUGGGAAAGAGAGAGAAAAGAAGAAAGACAAAGAGAAGGAUAAAGAAAAAGACAAAGACAAGACUAAAGCCAAGAAAGGGAUGUUGAAGGGUCUCGGCGACAUGUUCAGGUUUGGCAAAUACCGUAAAGAGGAAAAAGUUGGGAAGCUUGAUCGUAAAGGGUCAAACAAGGGAAAGGUGGAAGAAACAUACCCAUCUGAGGACGAGCGAACACAAAUGAAACAAGAACAAGAGAGAAUUCAGGCAAAACACCGUGAAAUUCGGGAGCGACAGGCCCGGGAACGAGACUAUGCAGAUCCACAAGAUUUGAAUAGAACCUAUGGAUCUGACGAUGACCCAACAUAUGCUGGCAUGAGUUGGUGUGAGUCUUCUUUAGACAGCGGGCACAACCUGAUUUUAAAUACUAGAACACAGAAUGCAAGAGAAGAAACACAACCAAUGGAAGUGGUGUAUGCUCAAGUGAAUAAGUCAAGAAAUGGAAAAAUUCCAUCUGUGGAAAGUAAUAGACUCGCUCCAAGUAACCACGAUCGGAUACAAAAGCUAAGAAAUGAGUUCCAGCAAGCAAAGCAAGAGGAGCUCGAGGACCGGAGGCGUACAUACAGUUUUGAACAGCCUUGGCCCAGCUCUGGUCCCUAUGCUCAAAGCGGUCGGCAUUCUGUGUCUGUAGAGGUUCAACUCCAACGACAGAGACAGGAAGAAAGGGAGAGUUUCCAGCAGGCACAGCGACAGUACAGCUCCUUGCCACGGCAAAGCAAGAAGAAUUCCAGUUCCAUGACUCAGGAAGCAUGGGAUAAAGGCUGUGUCCCCGGUGACGGUUUCCAGAGUGCAAAGGACAAUCCCAGAUACUCUAGCUAUCAGGGCUCUCGAAAUGGCUACUUAGGGCAUGGCGUCAAUGCACGGGUUUUAAUGGAAACACAAGAACUGCUUCGCCAAGAGGAACAACGACAGAAAGACCAUCAGCCUGCAGAAGGGCGUAACAACUAUGACUCUUACAAAGCUGAUCCCAGCUACAGCCUUCCGAAAGGUCCUUACAGGCAAGAUGUCCCUCCGUCCCCUUCUCAGGUUGCCAGGCUUGCCAGAUUACAAAUGCAGGACAAAGCACGACCAUUCUAUCCCUGACAAGCAGUUAGAACUUAAACCUACAAGGCAAUAAGUCACUUUUUUUGAAAAAAAAGUUAGCGUAUGUUCCUCUGAGUAUCAAAGGAGAAGGCCUUCAAAUGUGUAGCAGGUUUUUUGUGAUGAUGUUUAUUCCAGUGCCUUUAGUAAUUUGAGAAAAGACUCACUGGCCUUAAUCUGCCUCCUUCUGUCUGUCACAUUCAUCAGUCGAUAACAGAAAGACUUUCUCACAGUUUGACAAUCAGGUGGAAGCAGAAGAACAAGUAUGCUGUCAUGAGGAUCUAAUCUUGUGAUUCUUCUCCAGACAGUGUGACUGAUUUUUAGCAAUUUGUAGCUGGAUUCAUUUUACCACCUUCACAAUGCUCUUCUGUUACUGUAUUGUGAGAUACAUGGCCCCCAUUUCCCCCCAUAUAGAUACAGAUGCUAAGCUUGGCAUAAAAUGAUUCAUACUGGAAUUCUGCCACAUUAGUCCCAAGGGGGCAAUUUCACAUGCAAAAUUCACUUCAAUAUUGACUAGAAAAUGUUCUGUGGUUCAUUAUCUUCGACUUUAAUAUUCUUUUCUUGGAGAAAUGUUGUCUGUCUUUGAAUGGAAUAGGUCACACUUCAAAAAAAGAAUUAAUCUCAGUGUACUUUUAGACCAUAUAAUGUUUUAAAUCUGAUUGAGAAGGCCUCUGAAAACUGUGGAACAUGAUAAAAUGUGCAGCAUACCAUACCACUGUACACUAAUCCUUUAGUUCAUUGAUUGAGAAGAGGAGUAACUGCCAAUAUUAUGAUUUCAGGGAAGAGAGAGUGGAUUCACCAUUACUUACCAUUUUUUAAUGCUAAAUCUUCCAUAUUUCAGUUCUGUUUACAGCCAAUAACCUGAAGAAAGGAAGUGUUAGCCAAGAUGUCCUGGCUACUACAAGCUCUCAUGGUAACAAGCAGAAAAAUUCUUCUCGCAUCAGGCUAUUGAAAAAUAUGGGUAAUAUAAGGAAGGGAAACGCAAUGGGUUUGCGGACAAGUCUGUAACAUUACGAACGUUAAGUCAAGCAGGAGACCAUGUUUAAAUGCUUCCAGUGCCCAUUAUAUCUUUGUAUUGUACCUGAUGUGCGGUGAUUAUAUAGUAUACAAUUACGUCUUUGCAAGUUCAAGAAAGGAAAGGAAGAAAAGACUUUUUUUUAUAUAUAAAUAUAUAAAAAGACAUACAAAUAAGUGACUUACAUUUUAUUAUUGCUUUUACAGUGAGACCCUAGUGUACAUUUGGGAAUUUGGAAACCUUUCCUUUACAUAAUUGUUUUAAAAACUUGAUGUUCCAUGAAUUGUGUGGAAUACAGAGGUUGGAACAAUUAAGUGCCUACAGUUCCAGAUAUGAGAGAGAAUGAAUUUUGAUCAUUUCUCACACACACUAAUCGUAGUGCGCAGUGUGUGAAUCUGGAAGACUAUGCCUCUUUCUGUUUGGCACUUUCUUUUUGUUGUCAAGCUGUUUUUUUUGGUGUAAGUGAAACCUCUGCACAACUAUUGAUGUCUUGUUUGCCUGUUUGUUGUUGCCUUUAUUCCAAUUUUACUGUAAUGUUUCAAACAAAAUGUAAGCACAGUGCAAUCAGUUUUUAACAGCUCUUUUACACCGUGUAUAAAACAACCUUCUUGUACAUAUCACUUUAGAAUAAAAAUGACCGUUUCAUCCUGUUUGCAAUACA